AUGAGCUCCCCGUCCCCGCGUUCGUUCCCCCUGUCCUCUCUGUCCCGUUGUAGAAAGUCGUCCGCCGCGUUCCACCGCUCAGCUCCCCAUGCUGCUACUUGCUGCGCGGCUGCUGCGUACUAUUCCUGCUCGUGCUCCUACCGUCCGCUCUCGCCACCCGCUAGCCGCUGGCCAGUAAGACCUCCAACUCCCGCGAUCCCCGCGGCUACACCGCCCGCCGCGCGCACUUCCCCUCCCUGCGUCGGUCGCUCCCCGCGCUCGCCCUGCCCAUGCACCGCCGUGCGCGCCCGCGUGCUUCCCCACUGCGCUCUACUCUGGCCCGCGCCCAGCACACCCCGCCUGCCUCGCUCUGCCGUGCUUGUCGCGUGCAACGACGACCAAGCCCCGCGCCGCGCGUGCACGCGGCCUCCUCCCCUGCGCGUCCUCGCCUCGCUGGCUCUUCCUGCUGGUGCUUCCCAUGCGGCGGCCGCCGCCGCCGCUGCGCCCGUCGGCGCAUAG